AUGGCAACUGCUUUCGAUUCGAACGUUGUGAAUACCAAUAAUCGUUGGACUAUGAAAACUUUGAACUCCGAACGAUUCUUAUGUAAUGGUCGUUUACAAAUGAUAUUCGAUAUGGAGACUGGUGAUAUGGAUGAUUUUGCUACUCUUCUUCUUCUACUCGGACAUCCACUGGUCAAUCUCAAGGCUAUUACUGUUGUCCCUGGUACGCCUGAUCAAAUUGGCUUUAUUCGUCAUGUGUUGUCACUCUUUGGUCGAGCUGAUAUGCCCCUUGGUGUAUUCAAUAUGAAUGCUAAACCUGCUCUAUCAAGAUUUCAUUAUAAAGUGUACGAUCCUGCAUUGAUACAAGAAUCAAGAGUUGCACUCGAUGGCGCUGAUGUUCUAUUGACUCAUUGCGAUGAAAACACAAUUCUUGUAUGUGGAGGACCUUUAAGCAAUGUUGGUAAAGCGAUUAAGACCGGACAGUUUAAAGUAGGUCGAUUAGUUGUACAGGGUGGAUUUGCUGGUGAUAAUAUUGUGCCUGAUAAGAAACGAAUAAAUAGGUUCAGAGGCCUAAUCACUGCUCCAGCGUUCAAUUUAGAUGGAGAUAUCGAGUCAACUAUGGCUGUAUUACGUUGCACGUCCAUUGACGAGAAAUUCUUUGUUUCAAAAAACGUCUGUCACAAAGUACAUUACACGAGAGAUACUCACAAGGAUCUCGGAUCAAUUAAAAACAAAAGUUUAUCGUUGAAAGAAAUACAUCGUGUUAUGGGAAUUUAUCUGCAGCGGUCGGAUAUAUACGGGAAAAUAUUUCACGAUCCUUUCGCAGCAUGUUGUGCAAUCGAUCCAACCAUUGGCGAAUGGCGAGAUGUUGAAUUAUAUCGAGAUGAAAAUACAAAUGAAUGGGGAUCACGAAUAGUCGCUCAACCGAAUAUCAAGAUCAUUGUAGACUAUAAUCGAACAAAGUUUCUGGAUACACUUUUUGCAUAUGCAGAAUAG